AUGGGUAGAGAGAGUAGUUUGUAAGUCAAGGAUGCUCUUAAAAUUAUAUUAUUGGACUUUAUAUCAGGACAUUAUUAAUCAACAAGGAUGGGAGCGGAGGUAAAAUAGCACACUUGUUGACUUCAUUUUGAGUUUACGGCACAAACAACCAUCCUGGUUCCUGUAUGUUGGUGUAAAGCGCUCAGAGUCAGAGUCCGUGAUUGCGUUCCAGGAAAAGCAAACGUCUGGUUGUUUUUGCUGCGAACCCCGAGAGCGCCCAUUGACCUCUGUGUGCGAGAAGAUGUAUCCCAGCCGAGGAGGGGGUUGGGGGCAGUAGAUUAUGGUUUAGGGAUUAGAUGGAUUCAGGAACAGACACGACUGUUUACUCUGAAAAGAGGAUAUAUAAUCGGCUGAUUGGGAGGGUUGAUUACACAUCAUUCAAACCCCUUCUGUUGAUUAGCCUGCUGCCCUCUCAGCAUCCUUCCGCCUUUCUUAAACUCCGAUGCUCAGCCCCCCCCACACUCUCAGACGAGGCUCUCAUUCGGACUUUGCAAUCAGAGAAGGUGUGUAACCAAACCCCCCCCACAGACAGGUAAGGGGAGCCGCUCAGGCUCAGGGAGCGCUCUGGUUACCCGCUGCAACGUGAGCGGCGUUUUGUGUGUGGAGCAAAGAGGUGAAGUGCAGAGUUUAUUUGUUGAGAGGAUGAGAAGCAAACUCAUGGCAGGUUAGGAAAAUGUCGUGAGAGGAGGGGAUGGGAGCCACAAGAGGGGAUGAUUUCAGCUGUUGGGGAGGAAAAAGCCAAGAACUGCAGGAUGUCCUCCUUUGCUGACCAAACUUGAGUUUGACGCCGAUGUUUGACCCAUGGAGAAGACGGGAAAGAAGGGAUGCAGCUCGAGUGAGACUAAGGAGAGAUCCUAAAACUGAUUAAAGCACGGAGUCUGCAGAUAACAGAGAGGAAGAGUCAGCAAGAGAGGAAGAAGUUGAGAGAAUUACAAGAGGACGCCCGGUGGAAGAAGCCUCUUAAAUCUGGGAGCUUGGAAUUAGAGCUGUAGGAACAGCAGAGAGAAGCCACAAAACCGCAGUGAAGAUGCCCGCCAAUGGCAACCACCCCCUGAAGUUGCAGUUUGGUCUGAUCAACCACGAGGGUCGAUACCUCACUGCAGAGGCCUUUGGUUUUAAGUUGAAUGCAUCAGCGCCCAGCCUAAAGAAGAAGCAGAUAUGGAUGCUGGAGCAAGACCACCAAGACACCCAGGUGGUGUACCUACGCAGUCACCUGGGACGUUACCUGGCCUCGGACAAGGAUGGUAAAGUCUCCUGCGAGGCUGACGGCCAAAAUUCUGACUGCCGUUUCCUCAUCGUGGCUCAGUCUGAUGGCCGCUGGGCCCUGCAGUCUGAGCCGUACCUCCGCUUCUUCGGAGGAUCUCGGGAUUACCUGUCCUGCUUCGCUCAGGCAAUCACCGACGCCGAACUGUGGGCAAUGCACCUGGCUCUCCACCCGCAGGCCAACCUGCUGUCCGUGGCCCGCAAGCGCUACGCCCGCCUCUCCAUGGAAGACGGGGAAAUUGCGGUGGAUCUGAACAUUCCCUGGGGAGUGGGAGCCCUUCUGACCAUCGUCUACGUGGAUGGGAGGUACUGCCUGAAGACCAGCGACAGCCGCUUCCUCAGCAAUGAUGGGAAGCUGCUGACUCAGAAGGAGAGGACCACGCAGUACACGCUGGAGCUGAAGUGUGGAAAGCUAGCCUUCAAAGACUGCGAUGGGAAGUACCUGUCCCCCAUGGGGCCAACUGGGACCCUGAGAUCUGGGAGGUGCUCCAAACCAGGCAAGGAUGAACUGUUUGACUUGGUGGAGAGCCACCCUCAAGUGGUUCUGAUUGCAGCCAACGGGCGAUACGUCUCCAUACGACAAGGCGUGAGUCUCGCUGCCAAUCAGGAAGACGAGACCGACAUGGAGACGUUUCAGAUGGAGAUCGACAAGGACACCAGGAAGUGCACGUUUCGCUCCAGCCAGGGGAACUACUGGGCUCUGGUGGCUCACGGAGACAUCCAGAGCAACGCUGCAGAAGUGUCAGCAAACACCAUGUUUUCACUGGAGUGGCUCGGCCACAAGGUGGCACUGAAAGCCAGCAAUGGGAAGUACAUCUGCACCAAGAAGAAUGGACAGCUGCUUGCAGUCAGUGACUCCAUCGGUGAAGACGAGCAGCUCACCUUGAAGCUCAUCAACAGACCCAUGCUGAUCCUCCGAGGAGAGAACGGAUUCAUCUGCCACCACAAGAACUCCAACACGCUGGACGCCAGCAGAUCCGUCUACGACAUCUUCACUCUGCAGUUCAGCAGCGGGGCCUACCACAUCAAAGGCGUGGACGGCCGGUUCUGGUACGUGAACGGAGCCGGGCUGGUGUGUUCGGACGGAGAGGUCCCGGAGGAUUUCACCUUGGAGCUCCUGGAGCACGGCCGCCUCGCCAUCCGGGGCAAAAACGGGAGAUACCUGCGUGGAGACCAGGGGGGAACCCUCAAAGGAGACGGACUCGUUCUGAGCAGCUCUGCCCUGUGGGAAUACUGAAAUAAACCUCUGAGGCUGACACAAUGUUCAAUUUGAA